AUGACUGUUUUGGGGAACGGGUAUUACGAAAUUGGAGGCAUCCACCAGGCCAGCUGCCUUAGAUCCCAGGCUCUUUCUGACGGCCACAAAGAAGAUGAACUCGAGCUGGACCCCAAUGUGUUCUUGAGGGUCAAAGAACGUUCUUUACAGAACACAGUGCCUCCUUUAAAAAAAAAGACCCAGCUUCUCAUCAGAUUUUUCAUUAUAUACAAAUAUUUCUUGUCUGUGUCACUCUCUCUGCAUGAAGCUUUGCCGGUGGUAUGCACCCUCCCCUCUGAAAGAGGGCCCUGCCAAGGACGUCACACUCGAUAUUAUUACAAUCCCAAGAGCAGAACAUGUGAAAAAUUUGUUUACAGUGGCUGUUCAGGCAAUGGAAAUAGAUUUUAUUCUGCUCAAGCCUGCAAAGAGACGUGUGAAGUGGCAGAAGGACCUCCCACACCCUCAUCAGAGCAUCCAAGUCCUCUGGGUAAAAACGUUGCAGGUCUCCCUAGAGAAUGCACCCUCCCCUCUGAUCACGGGCCUUGCAAAGGAGAUUAUAUCCGUUAUUUUUAUAACUCCAAGAGCAAAAAAUGUGAAACAUUUGUUUAUGGCGGCUGCUUGGGCAACGGCAAUACAUUUAAUUCUCUGGAUGACUGUGAAAAGAUUUGCAAAGUGUCAAGAGGACCACAUAGUUCCUUACCAAAGCCUCCCAAUGUCGUCAGUGCAACCAUUGCAGCUCUGCCUGCUAUAUGCACCCUCCUUCCCGACACGGGGCCUUGCCAGCAGUACCAUUCCCGUUAUUACUAUAACAUGAAGAGACAGAAAUGUGAAAAAUUUGUUUAUGGUGGCUGCUUCGGCAACGGGAACAGAUUCACCACCUCCGGGGCCUGCAGAAAGAAGUGCAAAACCUCAUCAGGUGACCAAAAAUAG